CUCAGUGUGUUUCAGGGCGCGCUGAGGUUAGUUUCAAGUUGAAGGUGUAUGAAAUGGAGAACGAAGUGGUGGCUGAGAUCGAAGUUGAACUGGAGGAGAUAAGAAAUGGGACAUCGGCAGGUCGGACAUCUCAAGUGGCCAAGGAAAAGGCUGAAACCAUCCUCUCCAACAUUCAGAGAGUCGUCACCUACGGCAUUGACGAUCGACCACCUUGGUACUCAACCAUUGUACUUGCGUUUCAGCACUUUCUAACAGAUGUAGCCAGUCUGUUUUCAUUCCCGCUGAUCAUUGCUCAAGCGAUGUGUAUCCAAAAUGAUUUGUUGACCACUUCUCAGCUUAUCUCAACUAUCUUCGUAGUAUCUGGAAUUCAGACGUUUCUGCAAGCUACGUUUGGAAGCAGACUUCCCAUUGUUCAGGGCCCAUCGUUUGCUUUUCUUCUGCCUCUGUUUUCUCUCCUGAAUCUACGAGGUCAAUGCCCAUCUGACCCAGCUAUUGCUGGGAAUGCAACCAACCUAACGGAAAGCAGGCUCGAGUUUAGAGAUAGAAUGCAAGAAUUGCAGGGAGCGGUUCUGGUUGCUUCGUUUUACGAGAUAUUAGUGGGCUUCACGGGCAUAACAAGCAUUCUGUUGAAGUUCAUAGGACCACUCACAAUAGCACCAACGAUUGGUCUUAUCGGUCUAUCGCUCUUUAACGUGGCAUCUUCCAAUGCAAGCCAACAUUGGGGCAUAUCAGCAAUGACCGUUUUUCUCAUUGCAUUGUUUUCCCAGUACUUGGAGAGAUUUCCUAUUCCUUGCCCUGGUCCUUCGAAAUCAAAAGGAAUUCGCAUUUUCAGGUUUCAUUUGUUUACAUUAUUCCCGGUUGUAAUAAGCAUCAUGAUAGCAUGGUUAGUCUGUUAUAUUCUGACCGUGUUCGAUGUAUUUCCCGAGGAUAGUAAUGCGAUUGGAUACGCAGCUAGGACGGAUAUCAAAUCAACACAACUAGAGGAAACGCCUUGGUUUUAUGUCCCUUAUCCAGGUCAGUGGGGGCUGCCCCGGAUAACCGGUCCCGGUGUUCUUGGCAUGAUAGCCGGAUGCACUGCCUCUAUCGUUGAAUCUAUCGGAGAUUACUUCGCAUGCGCAAAGCUGUCCGGUGCACCGCCCCCGCCUCAUCACGCCAUGAACAGGGGGAUUGGGAUGGAAGGAAUUGGUGGCGUGAUCUCGGCUUUCUGGGGAACGGGCGUUGGAUCGACAUCGUACAGCCAAAACAUCGGUACAAUUGGUAUAACAAAGGUGGGUAGUCGUUUGGUCGUUCAAGUCAUGGGCGUGUUGGUAAUCGUUCUUGGAUUGUGGCUUAAAGCCGCUGCCUUUCUGGCGACCAUCCCAACCCCAGUUAUUGGAGGCGUCAUGAUUGUCACGUAUGGAAUCGUGAGUGACGUUGGCUUCAGCAAUCUGCAGUAUGUGGAUAUGAACUCCCCCAGGAACUUAUUCAUUCUUGGGUUCGCACUCUACAUGGGAACGGCUGUUCCCGCUUUUGUCAACAGCAACCAAGACAAAAUCAAUACAGGGACUCCAGAAGAAAGGGGUCUUGUUCAGUUUCAUCACUUGCAAGGAAUGGAACCGACCGAUUCCAAAGGUGCUCCGGACGACAACCCCUCAGACUAUGGAGACAGGGCUCUUCAGAAGGAAAUCGCUUCAUACGUCAACAAAUGCUACGACUUUCCAUUUGGGAUGCCAUUGGUCAGGAGAGCGAGUUGGACCAAGUAUAUUCCGUUUUGUCCAACAUUUGGAGGAUACAGGGUGUCACUGCCUAAGUGCUUCUCAAAGAGGGAAAAGAAUGUGUGAUUUUUUUUUACAUCAUAGGACUUGAGGUUCAUACUUAAAACAAAUAACUCUAUGUGUGUGUGUUGUUGUUUUUUUUACAAGCGCGCACAUAAUUACCAACAGUGGCGUAACUACGGGGGGAAGGCAUGUGCCCCCGCCCCAAUAGGCUGGACCCAAAACAAAACGGGGAAAGAAGAAAAAGAGGGAGAAAGAAAAAGAAAUGUAGUGGGGUCGAAGAAAUCAUAGUACAUUGCAUUAUGUUAUAUAUACAUGUAUAUUAUAUUACAAUACAUUAGAAAUAUAUUUCAUUAAUUUAUGAAAUAUAAUUUGUUUAGUGCCUAUUGUGUUCAUCACUCUUGGUGCCGUUUGUUUAAUGAGAUGAAUAUUCCUUUUCAAGGGGAUUAAACAUCUCGUUUUCAAGUCAAUGUACACAUUAUUCCUCGCUCUUCGAGUUUUUAUUUUAUGUAGUGAGUAGGCCUACUUAAAGUGGUUGCCCCCUUUCAAGGUCUGAAUUCUAAAUAUAAAACAUUUCCAGUCUGUGCUUACGCCCGCACUAGU